AUGGCUGACUUCGUGCAUUGCAAUUGUUGUUAUAUUCUACCGUCUGCCCCCACAAAUCCGAAAUAUUUCCUAACGAGCUGCUACCACCUACUUUGUAAAGCUUGCCUUGAGAAAGAAACAGGAAACCCUUUGCUGUGUCCAGUUUGUAAUCGCGAGAUGCGCACGAUAGAGAUUAACUCGGCCAUGGACCCAAAACUACAGGAACUGUUCAAGCCACCUAAGAAGCUUAUCCAGGAGAAAAUGGCUGCACUGAAGAAAAAGUACGACUUUCAGCAAAUGCUUGUUAAAAGCCUUCUAGAACAUCUGAAGAAGCAGCGUGAGAAACUAAGUCAACUAACAAAGUAUUGCCAGAAGCAGACACAGAUCUCCAAAGAGCAAUUGAAGGAGAUGGACGAGUUAAAGGAAUGGGUGAGAACUGCCGAAAUUAAAAUGAAAGAAAGUGAAGAAGAUAAAGCCAACUUAAGAAAGGAAUUAGAGGGCAUGAGGAAGUUGUGUGAACGAUUUGCUAAAGAUGGUGCCUACGACUCUAGCAUAGACAAGAUUUUCGCAGUUGCUGGAGAUUCUCGCACUAAUGAUACCGAAUCAAUGUCAAAUCUUUCGUUCACUGGAGUGUUCGGCUGUGGAUCGAAAGCUGAGAUUCCUUCCUUCCUGCGAACGAAUUCGGAGGCUGAUGGUAUAAACAGCAGUUUGGGUUCAUUUGGGUGCAGUUUAGAAGUCAGCCCACAAAUGUCUGCGAAUGGCAGCGUGGCAUCGGAGUUAACCACGCCAAAGAUGCUAGGCCUCCAGAAGAAGGGACUCUGCCAUUCCGAAGGAAACUUACACUCUUCGAAAAGAACUCCAUCCAAUAUGGAUACCCAAAAUCCUUACGCAGAGAUCUUUAAUCGCUCUUCAUCAUUACAUAGGUACAACGAUGGGAACUACAGGGUCAAAAAGGGUUCGCCUGCCUCUGGCAUACGUAGCAUUCCUCGCUUGCAGUCGAAAUCUCCCACCACGUCAGGGUACGUCACGCAAGGGAAAAUCAUUCCACAUGUUAACACUCCUUCUGGUAUGCCACUGAAUAGGUUCUGA